CUGAAAAUACAAAGUUAACAGUGGCUACCAUCGAGGGUGGUGAUGUUAUUGCCAGUAUACCAAAACCCGGCAAAGGUGCUGAAUAUUUUGAGAGCGCGCUGGAAGCGACAACUUUUGGCAAAUUCAACUACUUAGUUAUACUUGUGUCCGGUUUAAUUUUGGCAAAUGUACUUCUCGAAACGCUUGCCAUCAGUUUCGUGUUGCCCGUCUCACAAUGUGAUCUACACUUAAGCAUACAGGAGCGUGGUAUACUGAGCGCUAUUGGUUUUGCGGGCAUUAUUAGUAGCUCACACCUUUGGGGAUUCUUGGCAGAUACGACCGGCCGCAGAAAUAUUAUUCGACCGACUUUGUUGCUGGGUUUUGUAGUAACAGUUCUUUCAAGCUUUGCUACAAAUUUUUGGUUAAUGAUGAUAUUACGGUACAUCAAUGGAUUUUGCAUAUCCGGUGGCUCGGCAACUAUUUACGCAUUUUUGGGUGAAUUUCAUACCGCCAAGAAUCGUUCACGUGCCAUCAUGGGGUCAGCAUUUAUUUUCGGCGUUGGUUCUAUGCUGAUGCCGUGCAUAGCUUGGUUGGUUAUUAAUCAGGAGUGGAGUUUUGUAAUUCCUUAUUUGAACCUUAACUACAAGCCUUGGCGCUUCUUCAUGGUUGUAUGCGGCAUUCCGGGUUUCUUGUGUGGUUUGGCCUUGUUCAAGAUACCAGAGAGUCCUAAAUUCUUACUGAGUCAGGGCAACGAGGAGAAGACUCUUGAAAUUCUGCAGAUGAUGUUCCAGGCGAAUACUCGCAGACCACGUGAUGAAUAUCCGAUUUCUCGCGUAGUCGAAGACAUCGACCACACAAUUAGUCCAAAAAUCCAACGCGAGCGCAACUCUAAUGCAACUAUUUCUCUGCUUAGCUCCAUGUGGAAUCAAACUCAGCCACUUUUUAACCGCGAAUACAUGCGCACCACCGUACUCAUCUGUUCCAUACAGUUUUGGAUUUUCGUUACUUCAAACGGGAUGUACAUGUGGUUCCCGCACAUCCUCAAUAGCGUCGCUGAGUUUAUGAAUGAGAAUCCCGGCAAUCGCACUUAUAUAUGCCAGGUGGUCUACAGCAAACAAGAGAGUAUUUUUAAUUUAGAGAGCGCACAUGUUGGAGCAACCAGCGACGGAAUUAGCUCACAAGUAGAGCAAUGUAAUGAAAAGUUAGAAAUCUCAACAUACCAGCACUCCUUAGUAUUAGAGGUGCUGUACGCCGUGGGCUUCGCUUUCAUUGGCGGGAUCAUCAAUAAAGUUGGCAAGCAUAUUAUUCUUUUUAUGUGCCUAGCCGUUUGUGGUAUUUGCGGUAUAGCAGCUACCUAUGCAGAUGUCCCCAUGGUUGCAAUAUAUCUCUACGUAAUUUUGCUACUCUGUGGAUUGGGAAUUAAUGUUUUAAGCGCUGCCACUGUUGAUCUUUAUCCUACGAGACUUAGAGCUAUGGCCGUUUGCAUUUCUCUAAUGAUGGGUCGCUUAGGUAGCGUUGUCGGUGCAAAUGUUGUUGGUGCUCUGCUAAGUAAUCAUUGUGAUAUUGCAUUUAUCGUGUCGGGUGUAUCAUUGAUAUUGAGCGGUUUUCUUGGAUUCUUCAUCACGAAACCGGGUAAAAAGAGUGCGAUGCAAGUGCCAUCGCGUCGAACCAGUCUUGUUUCAAUGACGGGGAACUAACUUUCUAUAAAUUGAUGAAGUGUAUAAGGAUAGGAGUGCACGUCUUAGUGCUUGUGUACAUAUAUAUGUAGUUUCUUGGACCCUGUUUCCUAAUAAGUCUGAUUGUAAACAAUAGAAUACCUGAUAGUUAUGUUAGCGCUAUAAGUAUGUAUCAUGAACGAACGAAUAAGAUCACCCAGGACGGCGUGCGAGAAAAAAGUAUUUUUUUUUUGCAGUGACGCCAUUUUUUCACUGCCGUGAAUAAAACGGAAAGAUACCAUGUGUCAGUGAAACAACCGAUUAAAAAAUUACGUCAUCAAUUAUUUAUUUUUUUCUCAAAGGCAAUUACAAAUACACGGUUACCGUGCGGGUUGAUCUGUUUAGUUGUACGUUAUGUAUAUGUAUAUAUGUUACCGGCCAAACCCGAUCUUAGGACAGACUAGUUUUGCCUAGGCUAAACUAGAUCAGGCGCCAUAGUAUUUUUGAGCAGAAAUUCUUUCGGCGCAAGCGGCCAUCGGCCGCGCUUCAAAAAAAUAACCGUCAUCAGUCCAACUCCAACUACGCAGUCCACAAUAUUGCUGCGUCCAACUUGAUUCCGCGUUGGAUGAAUGUAUCGGAUCUAGUUAGAACUAGUUUAGCCUAUGAAAAACUAGUUUGUCCUAAGAUCGGGUUUGGCUGGUUACAUAUAUACUGCUUAUAUCUCAUUUUACUUAGGUAAUGUACUGUUAAGAAGUUGCUGUUUUAAAGCAAUAUUUUAAAAAAUGUUUAUUUGGUAUAAAAAUAGUUAUGCACAACAAAU